CCCUCAAAAGAAGAAUCACUUCUGUUUUAUUCGUUUUGCAUUAUUGUUUUUUUUUUUGUUCAAUAAAAAAAAUAUGAUCGCAGUGGCAUUGUAACUUUUUAUCUGUAGCACAGAGUGGCUUUUCUCUGUUGUUUCUUUCCUUUUCCACCAUUUUUAUCAUCUCAUCCUCUCACUUCAGCUUUUCAAUGCUCAUAAUGGAGACUGGGCUUCUCCUAUACUCUCUCUUCUUCCUUUUCCUUCUCUUCCAUGCCUCUUCAGCUCAGAUGCCAGGUUUUGUCAGUUUUGACUGUGGAGGUAUAGAAAAUUUCUCCGAUGACAUUGGCCUGGUGUGGACCCCUGACAGUCAACUUGCUUAUGGAGAAACAGCUAACAUAUCUGUUGCAAACGAGACACGCAAGCAAUACAUGACCCUGAGGCACUUUCCUGCCGAUUCCAGGAAGUAUUGUUACACCCUUAAUGUCAUAAGUAGGACUAGGUACCUUCUGAGAGCAACAUUCUUGUAUGGUAACUUUGACAACAACAACGUUUAUCCAAAAUUUGACAUUUCCCUUGGGGCUACUCAUUGGUCUACAAUAGUCAUUUCGGAUGCUGGUACUAUAGAAGUCCGAGAGCUAAUAUUCCUGGCUUUAAGUCCUACUAUCAGCGUGUGCCUAUCCAAUGCUACAACUGGGCAGCCAUUUAUAUCUACUCUUGAGCUCCGACAAUUUAAUGGUUCAGUUUAUUACACAGAUUUUGAGGCGCAUUAUUACCUCAGUGUCUCUGCCAGGAUAAACUUUGGUGCAGAUAGUGAAGCUCCAAUCAGGUAUCCUGAUGACCCUUUUGAUAGAAUAUGGGAAUCAGAUUCCUUGAAGAAAGCAAAUUACCUUGUUGAUGUCGCUGCUGGAACCAAAAAAGUGUCAACCAAAAUGCCAAUUGAUGUUAACAAAGAUGAGAUGCCACCUGAAAAAGUGAUGCAGACAGCUGUAGUUGGAACAAAUGGAUCGUUAACUUACCGGUUAAACUUGGACGGUUUUCCUGGUUUCGGAUGGGCUGUCACCUACUUUGCCGAAAUUGAAGAUUUGGAUUCAGAUGAGUCUAGAAAAUUCAGAUUGGUACUCCCAGGCUAUCCUGAGAUCAGCAAGGCUGUAGUCAAUAUUGAAGAGAAUGCUCUAGGAAAAUAUCGUGUUUAUGAGCCUGGAUAUGUCAACUUAACCCUUCCCUUUGUAUUAUCUUUUAGAUUUGGGAAAACAUCAGAUUCUUCCCUGGGGCCUCUUUUGAAUGCUAUGGAGAUCAAUAAGUAUCUGGAGAAAAAUGAUGGUUCUUUAGAUGGAGCGGUUAUUGGUAAUGUAGUUUCACUCUACUCAUCAGCAGACUGGGCACAAGAGGGUGGUGACCCAUGUCUACCAGUUCCGUGGUCAUGGGUGCAGUGCAACUCAGAUCCACAGCCAAAAAUUGUUAAAAUUUUGCUUUCUAGAAAGAACUUAACAGGGAAUAUCCCUUCAGACUUGACAAAGUUGACUGGUUUAGUUGAGUUGUGGCUUGAUGGUAAUUCACUUAAUGGUCCAUUACCUGAUUUUACUGGAUGCAUAGAUUUGAAAAUCAUUCAUCUUGAGGACAAUCAGUUGACAGGUGGUCUGCCUUCUUCUUUGGUCAACCUACCUAAUUUGAGGGAAUUGUAUGUGCAAAACAAUAUGUUGUCAGGAACAGUUCCCGCAGGUCUUCUUAAUAGGAACUUGGUUUUAAACUACUCUGGGAACAAUUAUCUUCAUAAAGGUGACAAAAGAGGAAGCCACAUGAAUAUAAUUAUUGGUUCAUCAGUUGGGGCUGCUGUUCUGCUUAUAGCUACUAUUGCAUCUUGCCUAUUUAUGAGCAAAGGGAAGAAAAAGUAUUUUGAGCAAGAACAACUUGAACAUUCCCUGCCUGUUCAAAGGCUAGUUCCAUCCAAGAGUGAUGCUCCCACAGAAGCUGCGCAUUGCUUCACUUUCUCUGAAAUUGAAGACGCUACAAAUAAAUUUGAGAAGAAAAUUGGUUCCGGAGGAUUUGGAGUUGUAUACUAUGGGAAAAUGAAAGAUGAUAAAGAAAUUGCAGUCAAAGUUCUAACCAGUAAUUCCUUCCAGGGAAAGAGGGAAUUUGCAAACGAGGUGACUCUUCUUUCAAGGAUACAUCACAGGAACCUGGUACAGUUUCUUGGGUUUUGCCAGGAAGGAGAGAGAAGUUUGCUUGUUUAUGAGUUCAUGCAUAAUGGAACUCUCAAGGAACAUCUUUAUGGCCCGUUAACACGUGAACGGAGUAUCAGUUGGAUCAAGCGACUUGAGGUUGCUGAGGAUGCCGCAAAAGGGAUUGAAUACCUUCAUACCGGCUGCGUUCCAGCCAUUAUUCAUAGGGACUUGAAAAGCAGCAAUAUUCUUCUCGACAAACACAUGAGAGCCAAGGUUUCAGAUUUCGGUCUUUCAAAACUUGCAGUAGAUGGAGCCUCUCAUGUAUCAAGCAUAGUUCGGGGCACCGUCGGUUAUCUGGAUCCCGAGUAUUACAUCUCGCAACAGUUGACAGACAAAAGCGAUGUUUAUAGUUUUGGUGUCAUUCUUCUUGAGCUAAUAUCUGGUCAUGAAGCCAUAUCUAAUGAAAGCUUUGGUGUUAAUUGCCGUAACAUAGUCCAGUGGGCAAAGUUGCAUAUUGAGAGUGGAGACAUUCAAGGAAUCAUUGAUCCUUUACUACACGAAGAAUUCGACAUCCAAUCAAUGUGGAAGAUAGCAGAGAAAGCUCUGAUGUGCGUGCAACCUCACGGGCAUAUGAGACCAUCAAUUUCAGAAGUUGUUAAGGAGAUUCAAGAUGCAAUCUCAAUUGAGAAGGAAGCAUUGGCUGCAAGAGAAGGUAACUCAGAUGAUAUGUCAAGAAACUCUCUUCAUUCUUCCUUGAACGCCUGUUCCAUGGAUUUGGGUGGUGCUGAUAAUUACCUCUCAAUUGAUGAGUCCAUUACACGGCCUGCUGCACGAUAGUACUCAUUCAAGUACAAACACCAGAUUGCUCCUUUGUUGUGAGAAAAAAAAAAAAAAAAAAAUCAUAUUUUUUGUUAGAGUGAGCUUACAAUUUUCCGCUUAUUCCUUCAGUUUUGAUCAUGAAAAUCACAUUGCAGCAGUGGUUUUUUUUU